ACAUAUCCCUCGCAGGUAUUACCACGUAUCCAUUCUUAAUGGACUUCGCAAACUCCUUUGUACGCUACAAUGAAUCUGCAAACAUGAAUGAUUCCCAAUGCUUUUAAUUGAACCUGGCAGAGUGAGGUGUAGACAUGGGUACCAUGAAACCCGGGACCCAGUUGGGCCCCGAAACAAAAGUCGCGCUGGUUACUAUGGACCUACUAUGUAUGUAGAAACGGCCGGAUCUGCAAUCCCUCGAUCCUAGCAUAGCAGCAUUACCUACCAACUUGGCCGCAUGUUUGCUCCAAUAAACAGCAACUUAGCCGUGUAAGUCCAGAAACGAACAGGGGUAGCAUCGAACGGUUACAUUUGCGGCAGGUAUGCAACCACCGUUCAUUGACGAUCCACUGGCAAAAGGGGGCAAGGCUCAGGAAUGCGACCAACAUUGAAUCUCGGAGAACCUAGUACAUGUAUAUAUAACCAAGCCCUUUGUCUCCGAAUUGGGACAAGUUCUCACCUUGCUUUCCCAUCUUGACCGCUUCAUUUAUCGCCUCAGAAGUCUCAUAACGUCAUUGAAAUGCGCGCCGAUAUUCUUCUUACUGCCCUAGCGGGCGCGAGCUCCGCAUCCGCCAUGGUCAUGAGGAUCGCCGCCGAAAGUAUGGAAUACGACUGGGCCGUUACAGGAUGGAGUGCUGGCUGUGCGCGACAGGGUUGCUACUAUGAUUUCAACAUUACGGGCGAAGCGAAUCUCACAUCAAGACCUGCGACACCAGCCUUCAAAGCAUACUGCGCGGGUGACGGCGAGGGUUCCCCUUACAGACUUUGUCAGAGGAUAGAUGAGGAAGACACCGAUGCCAUCGUUGUCGCGAAGCUUCUUCCAAGCAAUACCACAACCAACGGCACGCGCCACGCCAAAAUCCAGGUUUCUCUGAGAUACACCGACCUCUAUUCGUCUACGACUUGGUGGAACUUCACAGGGCGUGCGGUCUCGUUUUACAACCAAUUCAGCGCGCCGUUGCAGAACUUCACCAUCACCCCUACCGAGAUCACUGGUGUGGCCUAAAGACUGCGAGGCCCAAGCCAGUCCCGUCCGAUAUCGAACUAGGUUCCGCGGGAUCGGGCGAUUGCAGACAGCGACGCUCGCGGUACCACUACGGAUAGUCCAGGCGUCUGGACUCCUAAACGAGGAGGGACGGCUUUUGAACCGGGAUAUUCAAAA